AUGGCCUCAUGUCAUAGGGGAAUAAUAGGGUCAGAGAGCCCCCUGAUUCUCCCCUCCCCUGACCCACUAGGUCAGCCCCAAAUUCUUGAUGUCUCCUGGGCAGGGCGCUGGUGUUCCAGGCAGUGUGGCUGUGCAGUGCUGGGAGCCCGGGGACUGCUGGCUGGUGCGAGUGUGGGCUCGUGGCUUCUAGUGCUGUGUCUGUGGCCAGUGGCCUCGCAGCCCACCGGGACCUUGCAAGAUGAGGAGAUGACUUUGAGCUGCUCGGAGGCCAAGGGUGAGGAAGCCCUGCCCUCCUCGCUUCCCAGCACAGGGGUAUCUUUCAGAAUAAACACGGAGGACUUCCUGCUAGAAGUGCAGGUGGGAGCCUGACCAGGCUGGCUCCUGGUCUGCUGCCAGGGCUGGAGCCCUGCCCUGGUGCGGAUCUGCCAGAGCCUUGGACACCUCAGGAUUCACCACCACAAGGGAGUUCAUGUGCCUGACGUCAAGCUCAGCUGCUGGCAGUUUUCUCAGCUCUCCCCUGGCCUAGGAGGCCUCCCGGGGGAGGUGUGACCGCCCAGUUUCAGGCUGGCCCGCCUGUCCAGCUGGCGGGUCCAUGCGGGGCUGGUCAGCCACAGUGUGGUCAGGCCCCAUGAGGACCUGUGGUGGAGAGGGUCAUCCCCCACCCUCUACAGUGCCCAGAAUUACAACUACGAUGUUGCUCUCCUGCGGCUCAGUUUCUCAGCCCAUGGCUGGGAGACGCUGAAGGACACGGUAGUGCUGCUGCUCAGCACCCAGCUCUGCAACAGCUCCUGCGUGUAUAAUGGGGGUGCCCCCCCCCCCAUGCUGUGUGUCAGCUACCUGGACAGGAGGGCUGAUGCCUGCCAGGGAAGGGGGGACCUGGUGUGCCCAGAUGGGGGCACGUGACGCCUUGGGGGGGUGGUCAGCUGGUGCCGAGGCUGUGCAGAGCCCAAGCACCCUGGGGUCUAUGCCAGGGUUGCUGAGCUUUUGGACUGGAUCCAUGACAUGGUGCGGGUGGGUGGUGGUGAGAGCAGUGCCUCCUUAGAAGAGCCCCUGGCCCUGGAGGCUCCUGGGAAGAUGGGGUCAAGGCUGGACAGUCCAGAUUAA